AUGGGCUUUGCACUGCUCCCUGGAAGAAUUGGGGUGGAUCCUGCUACCUCAUCACCCCCAAAGCCUCUGACGUACGACGACGCCCGUGAAGCCUGCCGUAGACUGGGAGCCAAGAUGGCAGCGCCGCGCUCAGACCAGGAAAACGACUUCCUUGCAAGCUUGGCCCAAGGCAGUGAGAUUUGGGUGGCUUGCACCGAUCGCAGGCAGGAGGGUGAGUGGGAGUGUGAAGGAUCUCAAGACGGUCAAGAAAUCUACACCAACUGGAGGAUGGGAGAGCCGAAUAACUACGGAAGGCGGGAGGACUGUAUUAAAAUAAGGUCAGUGGACAAGAAGUGGAAUGACACGCCCUGUGAGCGUAUGCUCCUGGCUGUCUGCAAGCGACAUUCUAUUGGAUCCUGCUUCGCUACCAACAACGAAGGGCGGCUUGAAGUUGACUCUUGUCUCUAA